AUGCACUCGACCCUCCUGGUCAUUUGAGCAUAAUGGCACACCUUAUUUCCAGGCCGGCGUCUCAAUUUGUCUGCCGUUCAUGCGCCCGUGAGGGCUUUCGACCGCAAUUUCUUUCCCAGACAUUGACGAUUCAGCAGCAAACGCGUUCAAUUAGACUACGACCUGGCAGAUCACGUAUAGUACGCAGCGAAAGCAGAGAAUUAUACAACCACGAUGAAUCCGAACUCGAAAUCGCCAGCGCCCCUCCACCUCGAGAAAGAAUCAACCGUUUGCGCAGGCCCCAGGGCAACAACGAGGGCCGAAACAUUGCGCCUGAGAUCAAGAAUGUGUCUACUACCAACUCCAAGCAAGACUCUCCACGUCCAACCAAAUCCAAACCAGAAGCCGUACCUUUAGAUACCAGCAAACCCAAAACCACCGAACACGCAUGGGACGCCGGCAUAAGAGGAGACUACAAUUACUACUGGGAAACCUUCGCACCAACGACCGCCCAGAAAGCAAAAGCGAACAAGUUCUUCACGAAGGGACAAAAGGCGCAAUUCCUACGAUCUGUGUCACUAUUUCGACAGUUUCCAGAAGGCGAUGUCCCAGAAGUUGCGUUCGUGGGGCGCAGUAAUGUGGGCAAAAGCAGCCUGCUGAAUGCAGUCGUCGAUGCGGGUGCGAAGGACAUACUGGCGCGGACUAGUGCCACCCCAGGCUUCACACGUACAAUGAAUUUGUACGGCGUCGGUGGUAUCGAUGGAGUACGUAUCAAGAAAGGGAGAAGUGGUGGGCAUGACAGGAUCAUUGGUAUUGGUGGUGUCUUGAUCGUUGAUCUUCCAGGAUAUGGCGAAGGCAGUUUGAGUGAAUGGGGCACGGAGAUCAUGAAGUACUUCACGAAGAGGAAGCAACUUCGUCGCGUCUUUGUCCUCGUCGAUGCAAUGCAUGGCCUGAAAGAGAGUGAUGAGAAUCUAUUGUCCAGUCUACGGGAGGGUGGAGUGCCACAUCAGGUGGUGUUGAGCAAGUUGGAUCGACUCUACAUUCCGGAGGCUAAACGUCUGGAGAGAAUGUCCAAAGGGUCAGUCUCUAGGAACAUUCAACCCAAGGGGACCAUCUCCCAAGUUGAAGAGAGAAUGAUUGCCAUGCGCUCCGAGAUCAAGCCACCAACAGGUGCUGGCGCUUUAGGAGAGCUUCUCGGAGUCAGUGCAGAGGUUCUCGUCAAUGGAGACAGGCUUGGUAUGGACAGCUUGCGGUUUGCAAUACUGCAGGCCGCGGGGUUCAGUUUCGAUGAUCGUGCACUAAGAAAGGCACAUGAGAAGAGAAGGUGAACGACAUUCCAUGAUGAUAUGAGCGUAUUGUAGAAUUACGCCCUAGGUGUAUCAUUAGAUCAUUCACGAAAGCCCGACAACCGCGAAAGAAUAAAGCCCAUUC